AAACCCAAACAGAAACACCAGCGGCGUGAACAAGCUAGCAUUAGCAUGAUUAGCUAGUUAGCCACACGACGACACCGUUACAGAAAAGAGCAGAGAGCGGGUUAAUGUGUCGCUUCUGUCCGAUUCUUCUGUGAACACCGAGUUAGUAACGUUAGCGCUGUUAAUGUUUACAGUUAACCCAGGUCGACAUGGACGAGUCGGACACAGCAGCGAUCCUUCCCGGCGAUGUCCUCAGCGCAACAUCAACGGGCGACCAAAUGUCGAACUCAAUCGGCCACAAAGAUGAGCCCGACGUACCGACCACCGGCUCUGUACGACCACCGUUUACAUGCUCGCUGCCGAUUUCAGUGGAGCCAGUGUUGUUCCUCUCCAUGUUUUCUCUGGCCCUGCAGGCGCCGCUGUCCACUCAGUAUCUGUGGGACCGCAUCAGCGAGGACCUCGGCUACAACGGCACCAAGAGGUCGGAGUGCAGCAAUGGCUCCGUGACCCCCGACCCCCUUCAGAAGGAGGUGGAAACCUUAACAGCCCACUGGAACUUGUACAUCAGCCUAGUGGGCUUUUCUGUUGGCUUGUUGGUGGUGCCUUUCCUGGGCUCUUGGAGUGACCUUGCAGGCCGUAGGCCCGUCCUCAUCCUCCCCAACCUUGGCCUGGCGCUGCAGGCAGUGGUUUACCUCGUGGUGAUGUACCUGAAGCUGCCUGUGGUCUACUUUCUAGUGGGCAGAGUGCUUAGUGGCCUUUCAGGUGACUUCAAUGCCAUCCUGGCAGGCUGCUUUGCAUACGUGGCUGAUACCAGUGACAGAAGGUCCCGCACCUUCAGGGUGGCAGUGCUGGAGGCCUGUCUGGGUCUGUCAGGGAUGCUGGCCAGCAUUAUUGGAGGGCAGUGGCGUCGUGCACAAGGGUACAUCAAUCCAUUCUGGCUGGUCCUCGCCACCAACUUGGCUGCAGCUCUGUACGCUUACCUCUUUGUCCGCGAGUCUGUCCUGCCUGACCCAAGUGCAAAGCUCCUCACUACUCGCCACCACAAGGCUGUCUGGCACCUCUACUCAACAGGAGGCAGUAGCAGUGAGGGGGGUGGAAGAUUUCACAGAUGCAAGCUGUGGCUUUACACACUGUGCUUCUUUCUGGUGGUGACUGUACACUUUGGCAGCAGGGAGCUGUAUGUGUUGUAUGAACUAAGCUCACCACUGUGCUGGGGACCAGCCCUCAUUGGCUAUGGAUCAGCAGCUCAGCACCUGGCCUACUUGAGCAGUCUGCUGGGACUGAAGAUCAUGCAGCGCUGUCUGGAGGAUUCCUGGGUGGCUCUCGUGGGUCUGGCCUCCAAUAUUACUGGACUGGUGGUCUUCACUGUAGCUGACACCACCCAGCUCAUGUUCACAGGUUAUGGUCUAUGUUUUCUCUUCAUGGCUGCGACACCUGUGCUCAGGUCAAAGCUGUCAAAGUUGGUGGACCCAUCAGAGCAAGGUACCCUGUUUGCCUCUGUCGCCUGUGUGGAGAGCUUAUGUUUUCUGGUGGGAAGUGGCGUUUUUAACUCGCUCUACCCAGCCACACUGCAUUUCAUGAAGGGCUUUCCCUUCCUUUUUGCUGCUAUCAUCCUUUUCAUCCCCGCUGGAAUAAUUGGGACCCUGCAAUGUUUAGACCAGAGGAGAGACCACAGAGAGUCCACAACUUCCUGACCUGCAGAAAUGCAGAGGGAACCUGGAACCUCUCACAGUUAGACCUCCUGACUGAGGCUAGUGAAAAACCUCUUUCAUCUUAAUCAGCAGUUACUGGAUACUGGGGUUUUUCAGAUCUUUACUGGCCCAAAAAACUCACCAUGGUAUUCCCUUAUUUCAUCAUGGCAUUCAAACAAAUGGUGUUGUGAACAAGAUUCUAGACAUGAUUCACAUUUUCAGUACAGUGUAACGAGUGCCAAAGAAUGUGCCUAACAUUUCCAUUUUUAAUUUAUUAAUUUCAAUAGCUGUAAUGGCACACUGUGGUAUAAAGUGCUAACCAUAAGAGGAAAAUUCCUGAAGUCCUCUGUUGUGCAAGAACAUAUCAAGCAUGAGUGCAACGUAAUAUGUCUUCAGAAGUUCAUUUAUUCAUUGCAAGAUUUUAGAUCACCUGACACGUGUGGUUCCUAAUUACAGUAGUAAUCAGUAAGUGAGACGUCCUUGACAUACCUCUGUUUCCUUCCUGAAAAGAUCACCACAGAGGUCCUCUUACAGAAAGAGUGGGGAAAUACACUCUUGCCUUUUGUAUCUAAUAGCUGCAUGUUAAUAAUAUUUUUCAAACCAUUAUCCUGUCAAUUAACCCUUUCAUAUUAACAAUGGAAGUUCAAAGUCGAUUUUUCCAAAUGUUCGUCUGCAUCUUACCAAUCGUUAUACCUCAUGCUGGAACAUUGCAGAAACACAUUAAACAUGGGGGAUCAUCUUACUAUCUUUAGCCGUUUUUCCAAAUCGAUAAUCACAUAUACUAAUUCACUAAUUCAUGAUACAACCAACCCAGCUCUGUAGUCUGUGAAACCUAUUCUGCUAGCUUGCUAACACCAGCUACUUAAUUAAUGAUGAAGUUGGUGCAAAACGGUUCAGUACUUUUUGCAUAAUCAUGCUGACAAACAAACAAAAAGCAGACACAGGUGAAAACAUAACCUCCUUGGC